GUGGCACCUCCUCACAUCGCAAUGCCACCACCGCGACAAUCGGCAACAUCAUGGGACCCUGUACUCUUGAUAUCCCAAAUUAUCUCGAUGCAGACGCUACACUACCUCACGCUCUCGAUAAUAGUACCCCCUCUCCUCGCCAUAUUCUCGGAGCCAAACUCGCUCAUAUACCAAGGGGGAGCUGCUAAUGUGGGGAUGAUCAUGGACUGGCGGGAGAUGGCUGGUCGGCCGACGGUGCGCCACAGCGGGAUGCCUGGAGAGCAACGAUGGAGCUUGUAUGGCUCAGCGUGGAGCGGGGGAAAGCAAGUCGGCGUCGGGCUGGAUGCGGGGCACAUGAGCGAGGGGAUGGACGCGACGCGGGGAUGGAUUAUAGCCCUCUGUUGGCUCGCUGCGUGUUGUGCCGACGUAUACUACCUGUAUGCACUCGUCCGCCGCCCACGCCUCAUCCUCGACUUUGCCAUCACGCUGAUGUUCAACCACCUCGUUCUGACAACAUACUACUCUGCCUCCAUACCCACCUCCCUAUUCUUCUGGCUCAUUAUGGUCGCCGGUUCCGCAUGGACAAUUAUCGCCGCCGAGCAGCUAUGCGUGAAACGAGAGAUGAACGAGGGUUUGGUGGUGUCGCAGUCGCAGCCACGGGACGGCGACCUAGACGAGAUGGAGAUGGGUGACACUAGACUUGACUGACUUGGCUUGCUUGGGCUUAGAGGCUUAGAGAUUCUUCACGUUGUUUUACGACUGCUCAUUGCUAUUUGCUGGCACCUUAGGGGUGUCAGCUGGAUUCAUUAUCAUGAUACAUGCAGUGUGCGACUGUGUUCAUGUCCGAGCCGCGUUCAUGACUUUGCACUCAG